UGCAGCAAACUGCCAAGCUGGGCGCGUGCAGUGACCCCGCGCAUCUUCUACAUCACGGAGAAGGCCUGGAACUACUACCCCUACACCAUCACUGAGUACACGUGCUCCUUCCUGCCCAAGUUCUCCAUCUACAUCGAGACCAAGUACGAGGACAACUGCGGGGACAGCGAGAACAUCUUCCACAGCGAUAAAAUCCUCGGUGACCACGAGGUCACCUUCCUGGACAUCGCCUUCGACGAGAUCCCCGAGCGUUACUACCGCAGCCUGGAGGACCCCCGUUUCUUCAGCUCGGCCAAGACGGGCCGGGGGCGCCAGCACACCAAGCCCAUCAUGUGCUCCUACAAGCUGGUGAGCGUCAAGUUCGAGGUGGGGGGGCGGCAGACACGGGGGGAGCAGUUUGUGCACAAGGUGAUCCGGGACAUCCUGCUCAUCGGGCACCGGCAGGCUUUCGCCUGGGUGGACGAGUGGUGCG